AUGUCUCUUGUUCAAGGUAGUAGUAAGAUAUAUGGUAAAAUUGCAUAUGUAUCUCAAAUAUCAUCGAUAUUUUCUGGUACGAUACGCGAAAACAUAUUGUUUUGCAAAGACUUUGAUAAAGAAAAAUAUGAGCGUGUGUUGCAAUCAUAUUGUUUAAUUACUGAUUUACAAUCAUUUCCAGCUGGGGAUUCAACAAUCAUAGGAGAAAAAGGAGUAAAUUUGAGUGGAGGACAAAAAGCUCGUGUUUCACUUGCUCGAGCUUUAUAUACUGAAGCCGAUAUUUAUUUGUUUGAUGAUCCUUUAGCAGUUGUUGAUCCUACAAUUGCUAGAAAAAUUUUCCAGCAGUGCAUUAGUAAUCAAGGUAUUUUAAAUGAUAAAACACGCUUGUUAGUUACACAUCAAAUACAAUUUUUAUCCGAAUUUGAUCAUUGUAUUUUAUUAGAUCAUGGUAAAAUAGAAAAACAAGGUUUAUUUAAUGAAUUACUGACAAUAGAUAAAGUUAAACAAAACUACGAAAAUCAACAAAAACAUACAAACGAAACAGAAAAAAACCAAACUCAAAAUUAUAAUAGUGUUUAUGAUAAUGAUAAUGAUUCUAUGAAACCAUCGGAAACUAUUGAUAAAACUAGUAUUGUCAUAGACGAAACAUCUGUUGGUGGAAAGGUUAGUGUUUAUAUUUGGUUUAGAUUAUUUACCGCUAGUUAUGGCUGGACUGGAUUCAUAGUAUUGAUUUUUUUAAUGUUGUUGGGUCAAGGUAUAUAUGAUGCAACUAACAAAUGGUUAAGUAUAUGGUCGUCAAAAUUAGAAGUAGUGCAACGCGAAAGUCACUAUUUAUAUGUAUACUUAGGACUAGUAAUAGGCACAUGGCUAAUGGCAAUAAUUCGUGCUGAUUACUUUUUCCAUAUUAUAUUACGUGGAGCAUCUGUAUUUCACGAUUGUAUGUUGAAAGGUGUUUUAUACAGUUCAUUGAGAUUUUAUGAGAGUAAUCCAGUUGGUCGUAUAUUAAAUAGAUUUAGUAAAGAUCAACAAGUUAUCGAUGAAUUAUUGCCAGUCACAUUUUUUGAUACAAUUCAAUCACUAACCAUGGUAUUAGGUAGUAUUGUUAUUAUUGGUAUCUCAAAUCCAUGGGCAUUAUUGAUAUUGAUAAUCAUUAUCCCAAUGCUUCUUUGGUUAAGAAGAAUCUAUGUAAGAACAAGUAGAGAAAUAAAACGAUUAGAAAGUGUAAGUCGAAGUCCAAUUUAUGCAUUAUUUUCCUCAUCAUUAAGCGGACUAAUGACUAUUAGAACAUUCGAAGUAGAAAAUCAUUUCCUCAAUUCAUUUAUCUACAAAAAUAAUACAAAUACGCGUGCACUUUUCAUAUUCAUUGCUUUGACUAGAUGGUUUGGUUUAAGAUUAGACCUAAUGACAUGUUCCAUAACGUUUUUGACAGCAAUCUUAUCGAUAACCUUACGUCAGAAUAUGGAUGCUUCGUCUGUAGCAUUGGGUUUGGCAUAUGCUAUAAACUUAUUAGAUCUUUUUCAAGGAGGAGUACGUCAGUCGGCUGCAACUGAAAAUUAUAUGAUUAGUACUGAGAGAAUCGAUGAAUAUUCUCAUAUUCCUCCAGAAUCAGGAUUUUACAAAGAAGAAUUAGAAAAACCAUCUAAUUGGCCAACAGAAGGAAGAAUCGAAUUCGACGAUUAUAAAUUAAGCUAUCGUCCAGAGCUUGAACCUGUAUUAAAAGGUAUUAAUUUAAAAAUUGAACCACGCAAUAAAAUUGGUAUUAUUGGACGUACAGGUGCUGGUAAAUCGUCUAUUUUUCAAGCACUCUACCGAUUCACUGAUAAAUCAAUAACACAUGGCAAAAUAUUAAUUGAUGGAAUUGACAUUAGUAAAAUUAGUUUAAAUGAUUUACGAUCAAAUUUAAAUAUUAUCCCGCAAUCUCCCAUCUUAUUUAGUAAUACAUUGAGAUAUAAUUUAGAUCCAUUCAAUCAUUAUACGGAUGAGCAAUUAUGGGAUGUCUUAGAAGCAGUUCAAUUAAAAAGAAAGAUUGAAAAUUUAAAAGAUAAACUAAGUACACAAAUAGCAGAAUAUGGAAGUAAUUUUAGUGUUGGUGAAUGUCAAUUAAUCUGUGUAGCAAGAGCAAUUCUAAAACCAAGUAAAAUCUUACUAAUCGAUGAAGCAACAGCACAUGUUGAUACAAAAACUGAUGAAUUAAUUCAAAAAAUUUUACGCGAAAAAUUUAUGAAUCAUACUGUUUUAACCAUUGCCCAUCGUCUGCAUACAGUAAUUGAUAGUGAUAAAAUUGUUAUUAUGAAUGAUGGUAUCGUUGCAAAAUAUGGUACACCACAAGAAUUACUUAAUGAGAAAAAUGAAAUACUUACUGACAUGAAUAAUGAUAAUGAGCCAGUUACUUAUCUAUAA